AAAAGAAAAGCAAGAGCUUCAUCUCACUCAUUCAAAAAUGGGAACAAUGAAGCUCUCCAUCUUUAUCCUCCUCGUCUUUGUCGUAGCUGUUCCGCUCUCCUUUGCCUUACAUGAAACCUCCAACGCUUCAUCCCUUGUCAACGAUAAUGCUGCAUAUAGCUUCUUUGGCGGAGACUCCUCCGAAGCCAUGACUGAAGAUAGUCGUCGACAACUUUUCCAAUAUGGAUUCGUUUAUAAUAAGGAAGCCCGCAAGAGGUAUUUAAGCUACUAUGCACUUAGGCAGAAUAAUAUCCCUUGUGGCCGUCGUGGUACCUCUUACUAUGAUUGCAAGAAGCGUAGAAGGAUCAAUCCUUAUCGUCGCGGUUGUGCCGCUAUCACUGGAUGUGCUCGAUUCACUGAUUAAAUGAAGUUAUGUUGUCUUGUUGAAUUGGAUUGUCUUUACUUUUAUCAUCAUGUAUCUUUCAUCAUCCUCAUGUAUUCAUCUGUUUGGUCUCCUUUAAUUUUAUCUCGGUAUCUUGCUUUUAUUAUAAUGGAUUGAUCUAAUCGGUCUCCUUUUAAAUUUAU